AUGUCUGAGCAGCGCGGCGCUGAGGCGGCGCAGACCACCAUAAAAAAACGUGUGCGGCACCACCGUCCGAAGAGAAAAGGAGACGCCGCCGUGGACGCGGCGGACGACGUCCAUUCGACGUUGGAGGCAGACCUCCCCACAUCGUCGAGGGGACAACCUCUUGGCGUUCCCGCCUCCGCCGCGGCAGCACGAGAAGAAGUCGCGGAGCCGCGCAUGAAAAGACCCCGCACGGAAGCACCGCCCGAACUGGAAGAGGUGAAGGCCGCGGCUGAGGGAAAUGAAGAUGCACCGGCAAAACAGGAAGGUGCUACAUUGCCGGAUGGGGCAACGAAGACUCCGAGGCAGCGGGAGAAGGUUUCCUGUGUCUCCGACUACAAGGCGCUGAAGUUAAAUCCGCACAUCGUCGCCGCCCUCGAGAACGACUUCAAGUUUGGGGAGUUAACAGGCAUCCAGGGCCGGUGUGUCCCCGCCGCCCUCAGCGGGCGGGACCUGCUCGCUGAGGCAAAAACCGGAUCUGGAAAGACGCUUGCCUUCCUUAUUCCAAUAGUGGAGAUCAUAUCGAGAUCCGGGUUUCGACCAAAGAAUGGCACAGCCGCCGUGAUCAUUGGCCCCACGCGUGAACUCUGCCUGCAGAUUGAGGGCGUGUUGCUGAAGCUACUGAAGCACUUCAACGGAUCAAUCACGUUUCUCUGCUGCAUUGGGGGCCAAAGCAGGAAUCAAGAGGCCUUUAAACUUGUGAGUGGGAUGAUGAUCGUGAUUGCCUCUCCCGGACGCCUCUUAGACCAUCUGAAGCUUACCACCGACUGGCUCACGAAGAAUCUCCUCGUUUUAGCUGUUGACGAGGCGGAUCGUGUCUUGGAUAAUGGGUUUGAGGAAGAUAUGCGUGAGAUUGUCUCCUUGCUGCCCAAGCAGCGUCAGACGUUUUUGUUUUCCGCCACACAGACAACGCGGGUGGAGCAGCUUGCCCGUAUAUCCUUUUACCGGCCUCCGCUCUUAAUUUCAAUGAAGCGGCGUGAGGAAAAGGCAACUGUCGACACACUGGAGCAGGGAUAUGUCAUGUGUCCGUCGGAACAGCGACUGCUGGUUUUGUAUCACUUUGUGAAGCGUAAUUUAAAAAAGAAGAUGAUUGUUUUCUUUAGUAGCCGAAACUCCGUUAGCUUUCACUGUGAGUUGUUUAAUUACAUCGAUGUUCCAUGUGUGGCUUUCCAUGGAAAGCAGAAACAGCAUCAACGCUCUGCGACGUACAUGCAAUUUUGUAAUGCGCCUAGUGGCGUGCUCUUUACAACAGAUGUGGCUGCCCGUGGGUUGGACAUUCCCCACGUGGAUUGGAUCGUGCAGUUCGACCCCCCGGAUGAUCCCGUGAAGUACGUGCAUCGCGUGGGCCGCACCGCCCGCGCCGGACGCUGCGGAAAUGCCCUUAUGUUUCUCCUUCCUCAGGAGAAGUUGUUCCUAAAAUACCUCUACGACGACGCCCACGUCAUGGUAAGCGAGUUCACCUUUGACCUCAGUAAGGUGAAGCAGGGGGUAAGUGAGCAGCUGGAGCAGCUGGUGAGCACCAACUACUACCUCCGCACCUCCGCCCGCCAGGCCUACGAGGGGUACCUCCUCAGCUACAGCAGCUCGCAGCUCAAGAAUGUGUUUGACAUCCACAGCCUCGACUUGGCUGCCGUGGCGAAGGGGUUUGCGUUGAGCGAGCCUCCGCCGCUCAAUUUGGACCUCUCGCAGUCCGCGGCGCACAUGAACAAGAAGUCACGCCGUGAGUUUCGCCAAAUGAAGGAGUCCAAAAGUAAGCCGCGUCGGCUAGCAAACGAACAGACCCUAAAGAAGCGCGGGUCAAACAUUAGUGGGGAGUGGUGA